AUGGCAACCACUGAGCAACUCUCUGAUGCUUACUACAACACCUACCCUCAAUAUGGGGUCAAUUACUUGGGCAAUCAGUAUGGCUAUAAUCAUGUGCAAUCAAGUCAAUACAGUGCCGAUGGAUGGAGUCAAUUUUACGGGAGUUGCGAUCAACAGAGUGAGGAAUUGACCACGAAUCGACAUCAUCUCAAUCAUCCACAUUUGCCCAUGAAUAGGACCACGUUCUCCCCAACAAGUGAGAAACCCCAGGAAUUCAGCUGUGCCCCUCAGGGAGCCACUAGUCAGAAGGAUAAAGUUCCUGAAGAGAUUCCGAAGGCCGGGAAUGACUCCCCUGCCCUCAGGGCUCUGCUGAUGAGACCCCAAACGAAGAUCAAAAACACGCAAAACUACUUCUACUCGCCUUUCCGAAGCGCAUCCAAUGUUUCAUCUUCACACGCUGGAGACUAUGGCCAGCCAAAGACCUUCGAUGAUCCUUACCAGUACUAUCAGACGCCCUCAACUCACUCGGGCCAGAGGAUGAACACCCAACCCAUCUAUCCUUCCACCAUUCUCUCGCCCAAUCGGACCGAAGACAGCCUGGAUUUGAUGGAUGCGUACCGAGCAAAGAUGCAAAGUCAUGGACUCGCGAAAGAGGGAUUUGAGUCCACCACACAGUAUCCUGAGCAAACAAUCGUGAUGCCGCAAACGAGUCCCAGUGAUGGAUUUGUGGAAGGGAUCGGAACUCCGCCAUUGUCGCCCAAAGAGGCCGGACCUGUCAAUCAAGGCGAAAAACGUGCACAGUCAUCCCCAAACUUGAUGCCACCUUAUUCGUGGAUUCACUCAGAUGGAAAGAAUAAUCCGAAGAGGACUCGACAAACCUACACGAGAUACCAAACACUGGAGCUGGAGAAGGAGUUCCACUUCAACAAGUACUUGACGCGCAGGAGACGAAUCGAGAUCGCCCACGCUCUCAGCUUGACUGAGAGGCAAAUUAAGAUAUGGUUCCAGAAUCGUCGCAUGAAGGCUAAGAAGGAUCACAGAUCUCCGGAUAGUCCACUGCUGGGCUUGGAGGAUCCCAUGGCGGGCGCUCACUUCAACCAAAUGCUGACCAACUCGACCUACAACUUCUGCUCUGAUCUCAAUCCCCCACAAACCCCGGCUAAUCCCCAAAACAACCUCCACUACCCAUCGUGA